CGAAGGUUUACUACUGUGACUACUUAUGCACAUACAUACAUACUAUGGUGCUCCAAUCCUGAAGGAGAGUUCAGUCUUUACAUUGCACCAGCAACACACGCAUACCCAACAGAUGCGUAGUGAGCCCCACUGACGACAAUCGUUGAGUACCGAUUUCUAGUUUCCUGACAUUGCAGGCACAGUGUAAUCUUUUGGAUCGGAUGGUACCACUCUAGGCCAGAGUGCUAAAGUAAACAGAAGAUGGAGGACACUUUCAGUCCCCGUUUAACCAGACAUAACCGAAAGUCUGUACAGUCUCCAGUAGAAGUAUUCACUUCAAGCAGUGAUACUGGCGUUGAUGAGAACAAGAAGCCAGACACAAUUGCUGCCGCUGCAUCGAAUAUGGGCACCAAGCGUGUCUCAAGGAAAGCUAGCUCAACCAG